AUGCACUAAUUGGGAAAAUCUGAGAAAUCUAUUAAUUUUAAAGACUAUUCAAUUCUCAAAAAAGUGCAAUCUUUAUCUAGACAUGAUGAUGCAGAUAAAGACAAAAUUUUUAUGCUUAAAUAGAAAAGUUUUGAUUUAACUACUAGAAGAAAUAGCUCAAAUUUAACCUAGGAUUUUGCAAAUGAAUCAAUAUUAAUUCAUAGAAUCACAAAUAUUCAAAAGUAUUUUUAUAUAUUUAUACUCUUAGUCCAAAUAAAUAUAUAGGAAUGAAUUUAUUAUAAUAAAAGAUCUGGGAGAGGAUAUAGAAAUUUUAAUAAAAAUAUAUUGUAUUAAAUUUAUUUCAAUGUUUUAGGAUGAUUAAAGUAAUUUAAUAAUUAUUGUAUUGAAGCCAGAUUAAGAAUAUGAGUUUAUGUACAACAUAUCUAAAUUAUCAUGUUUUUCCAAAAUUAAAUAUUUAACAAAUAGUUUAACUAAUCAUUUUUAUGAACUUACUAAGAUUUGUAAAUUUGUUAAUUAUUAAGUUAUAGAAUUAUAAGACCCAUAUUUAUCAAUGUUAAUAGGAAAGAUAAAAACAUAAAAAUUAGAUAAUGAUAUGAGAUUAUUUGAGUUGUUAAAUAUCAUAAUGAAUGGUAAAAGACAAUUAGUCUUAUAAAGCCAUAUGUAUAAUUAAGUUUGA